UUCUACGAAGAUAUGACUAUCACUCUAUCCAGGCACAAUGCUGACCACUCAAAAUCCUCUGUAGGCCUUCAAGCAGUCAGUAAGAGACUACAGGUAGAGCUCAUGAAUAUGAUGAAAAAUCAAGUUCCUGGCAUAUCUGCUUUCCCAAACGGCGACAAUUUGUUUAAAUGGAUUGCGAGUAUCAGAGGUGUGGACGGAACGGUCUACGAAGGACUUGAAUACAAGUUGACAAUUGAAUUUAGCCCCACUUAUCCUCUUACGGCGCCAGUGGUUUGCUUCGAAACGCCGUGCUUUCAUCCCAAUGUAGAUCAAAACGGAAAUAUUUGUUUAGAUAUUCUAAAAGAAAAAUGGAGUCCAGUGCAAAAUGUAAGUAGUAUUUUGCUAUCUAUUCAGACCCUCUUGGCCGACCCGAAUAAUUCAAGUCCAUACAAUGCGUAUGCGGCGGCCCUGUGGGAUGAAAAAGAGGAGUAUAAAAAGGCGGUUUUGGCUCGACAUAGAGAAGCAAGACAAUAA